CAUUUUGUCAGCUGUGGGUUGUUUGGUUUAGUUGUGGGUUGGUUGCUAAAAGUUUGUCUUUAUUUCCAUUGGGUUUGGAAAACAUAAUUUUUUGUUGGUUUUGUUUGUAUUUUCGUGUGUGUGUUCCCUUUGUUUGCGUUUGUUAAAAUGAGUGACACGGAAGACUUGACUGAUGAGGAGAGGAAUGGGAGGUCAACAUCACGAUCACGGAGCAGGAGUACAGCUGAACGUGCCAAGUCCAGAAGUCGAUCUGAGUCUCGUUCUAUAUCAAGGGCAUCAAACCUGUCAGGAUCACGGACAUCAUUCUCUAGAUCACGAUCAAGGUCCAGGUCGCGGUCAUGCUCUCGACGUCGCUCCAAGUACUAUUCACGAUCUCGAUCUCACACUCGGUCCUACAGGAGGAGGCACAGGAGCCGAUCCUACUCACCUGUGUACAGACGGCGGCGAAGCAACAGUCAUUCUCCCAUAUCAAGAAGACGACGUCAUAUUGGAAACAGGAGCAAUCCAAACCCUAAUAAUUGCCUAGGUGUGUUUGGCCUGAGUUUGUACACCACCGAACGGGAACUACGUGAAGUAUUUUCCCGAUAUGGACCACUUGCUGGAAUCAAUGUUGUCUAUGAUCAACGGACAGGAAGAUCAAGAGGAUUUGCUUUUGUCUACUUUGAAAAUGUUGAAGACUCUAAAGAAGCAAAAGAACGUGCUAAUGGAAUGGAGCUUGAUGGCCGCCGCAUUAGGGUAGAUUACUCCAUUACAAAAAGACCCCACACUCCAACUCCAGGGAUCUACAUGGGCAGGCCAACAACCAGUGUUGGUUCUUCUCAUUACAAUGACUAUUACAGUGACCGAUAUGAUGACCGGGAUUACAGCUACAGGAAACGUUCUCCUUCACCCUAUUACAGAAGAUACAGAUCUCGAUCUCGUUCUUACACACCCCGUCGCUACUGAUGGCACUUACCAAGUAUUUCCUACCAGUUUAGGAUGGAUGGGAACUUUUUCAAACCUACAGGGAGUUUUUUAAACUGAAAUGAGAAUUAUUGGGCAUUGUAGUGCUUUUUUAAAACACUUUUUAAUUAUUUUAAGCAAAGCCCUAUAAUCCAAAGUAGUCUCUCGUUUUAAGAUUUAGUUUUCUGAUGCCUCACUGAAUUGUUUUGCUUUCAUGGUGAGUGGGAGUCUGUCUUUUUAAUGGGAGACCUACAGCAGUAUUGUGUUGCGUUAAAUGUUAUUGCAGUCAUAUAAUUUUUGGUACCUAUGUACUUAUUACUUUGGGAUAUUAAGCAAGGUGUCAUGACUUUUUGUGCACGUUGUUUGAUUUGGCAUACUUUAUAAGGAAAGAUUCAGUUGUAAAGCUGCUUUAUGGAAGAAGUAAUGACAUGCAAUAAAUGUCUUAGACACAGAAUGUAUGACCUGAUUUCCUUAUGCUGAAUAGGUGGCUGUGGUGUUGCAGCUUGCUGAAAGUGCCAGUAUGGCAUUUCUGCAAGACAAAACUGUCUUGCGAUCUUCAUACCAUUUGCUGUUUCAGUUGAUCAACAAUGGACAGAAUGGAGAGGAGUUAUCAUAAUGUGUUGAAAUAUUUUGUAUAAAUUUCAAAUGUCUAAUCCAAAAAGUCUGGCUGCACCUCCCCAACCCUUCACCGGUCUGUAGUUUUUGUCCCAAGUAGCUGAGUGCCUUAGAUUGAGAAAGUCCCAGUGUAAAUAUCUUCAUCUGUAGACUUGAGUUGGGGUGAAAAUUUAAAUAACUCUUAAUGUCACUAGUUUAAAGGUUGUGGGGAAAUGGGAUGGGAAAUCUGCAAAAGACUUUCCUCCUGUCUAUCCAGCGUCCUCAGAUGGAGUCUCUGGUGUUGAGGUUUGGGAUGAAAGGAACCGGACUUGGAUGAAUUUGUAAUUGCCCGCCUGUCAGUGGCAACCUGGGAAAGCAUUAGGUAUCCGUCAUGGAGAAGGGAAAGAAUUAGCAAGAGCUGCAAAUGAAACUGCAUGAUUAAAUGAUUUCAUAGUGUUGGAAAAGAAUGGGAAAAUUAAGCAUUCAUUUAUUUAGACCUUAAAUGUAAGAAUCGAAUGUUUUUGAGGCAAAUGAUUAGAUUGGUGAUAUAGAAAAAAAAAUUUUAAGGCUCCAACAUUGCUUGCUUGAAAAGAUAUUUUAA